CUUAUAGUGGCUUGAAAAAACAUCCACCUACCGGAUUGACACACAAAUGCAGCACAAUUGACGGACAAACCUAAUGUUCCACACAAACAUGGCCUUUAAAACCGAUUUUUACCUGUUUGAAAAACUUUUCUCUAGUGGAAAUUCAUUUCCCAGUCCACAAAAUAUAGGCCAUUUCUCAGUGGAUAGAAAUGGUCAAACAAGUUUAGACAAGAAUCAGAUGAGAUUUUUAAAGCCACCUUCCACUCAACGCAUUCACUUUGACCUGAACCUGGGUUUUACGGAAAUCACAGAUGAACCUGAAAGCAAAAAGGGAAAUAUAAACUACAUUGCUAAUUGGAUAAAAGAAGACAAUGGAAGAAAUCUUGCUGAAGCUGAAUUUCGGGGAGCAUUCGUUUGUCGGAGACAUAUGUUGAGAACUCUUAUCUCUACCCCUUAUGAGAAUAACGCGGGGUGGAAAAUGGCUGUUAUCGUACAUGAAAGCAACUUCUAUAUGUGUGAGGUGGAUUUUCACAAUCAACUUGCUCCAAAUGCUGACAGAAAUAUCUGGCUUAAAUCCUGUUUUUGGGGUUUGAAAAUCGAACAGUAUUUGACUUCAGAUAAAUCAGAUACAAAUCCAAACCCCAGUCAACCGCGCAACCUUUUGGAGGAAUUUAACGUUGUCAACAAGCUGAAAACAGAUAGACACUUGAUAGUUUACAACUGUGAAAUGGACGCCUUCAAUAACAAAGACGACACGUUCGUAGAGAUCAAAACUUCGACGCGCCCAACAGAUGAACGCACUACGAACAACUACAAACGGUUCAAGCUGCAGAAGUGGUGGGCUCAGAGUCACCUAGGAGGAGUGUCUGGAGUCCUCGUAGGCUUCAGGGACGAUAAGGGCAUUGUGACAAGUCUGGAGUUCAUUCCUACGGCAAGCCUACCGAAGGAUCGACGGAUGUGGACGGAAAAUGGGUGUUACCACUUUCUCAACGAGUUUCUGACAUGGAUGAAGAGUGUCAUUGGAGACAGGGUGGACUUCUGUUCUGACAACACGGUCCAUGUGUUUGAAUACCUUCCGGGGUUGAAAAAAAUUGACUACAUCAAAUACACCGAUGGCAAAUACAAGUUCUUGCCUGAUUGGUUUCUCCAAAGAUAAGGUGUUCAAGAGAUGGUGACUAACAAUAUAACCUGAUAUUAAUGCUACACGCGUUGUAACGAAUAUUCGAAAUGAACAUUUUACCACACGUUUAUAACACAUAUGAAGCGAACGUUUUUUUUUUAAAAAAGCAUGUACGCUAUUAGAUUACGCUUCUGUAGCAUUUGUUUUUUUUCAACGUAUUUUUUCGCGAUGGUAUAUGCUUUAAAAGGGUCACACUGUAUUUCUUUAUGUAUCCACUUGAUUGGAAGAUAAUUUACAUAAUAAACGAUAAGGUAGUACAGUUAGCCAUUUACUCACCAUGCUUCUCCAUAUAUGAUUCAGAAAGUACCUUGAUUUUACUCUAUACACUAUGAUGGGUUUAAUCAUGUAAUUACCCACAACGAAUGUUGGUUGACAUUUAUAAAUGCUUUUAAUGUCAUAUUGUUAAUGUUUUUGUAGAUAAGUACUAUCAAAAAUAUAAAAAUAUACAUGCAGAUAAGAAAAUGGGUGACGUGAGAGCAUAUAUUAUAUUUGUUUAUUAUGUUAUAACAAUUUUUAAGGAUUUGCUAUCUCCACUUACUGCACUCAUACGACUGAAAUUAAAAUAUGCAUAUGUCUUAAUGUUUAUUUAUGGUAAUAUAUACUAGUAGUCAUUAAGGUUGGCGUUUUAAUUAUUUGCACCAUCGAUGAAAUCACACUGUCGUAUUGCCAGUGUAUAAUAUAUUAUUAUGAUUUAUACAUUAUAACAAUAUUUUGAGCUGCAUAUAACGCAGAGCCACAAGGCAGUUUUUUUUUCGUUUUACAGUAUUGUAGCGCGAGCCGCCGACUUCCUGAGGCCGCCACCGAGCGCUGUGUGCGCGACCUCAAACACACGAUGUGCCUUUCGAAGUCGUCGGCAGGCUGACUAUUUUAUUGAGUACACUAAACAGUGUAAUUAAUAAUUUUCCUUAGGAUACCUGCCUUCUGAUUAUGAACUUAAAAUAAUCGAGUCGCUUCAGAUAUAUACAAUGCGACCAAAGAGGGGACCGAUGCCUUCAACGAACCCUCCGGCUUCCGUGAAGCUACUGGUUUCGGCUUCCUUGAACCUAUUGACUUCGUGAAGCUACUGACAUCCAACGUUCUGAAGUCCACUCUACAAGAAACAGGAACUCUGCAGACCGGGCAGCA